GUCAGAGUGUGUAUGUUCUGUAUAAUUUUAUGAGUUAUUAUUGUACAUAUUUUUUAGAUAAUGGCAUUUAUCACUUCAACUGCCCUACUUUGUACAACCAUAUCUGCUGUAACAAUCCAGGCAUUGAGUGAAUCUACUGGAACGAGAAAAGGAAACAAAAAACCUGUGACAAAUGGUUCUAUAGAUUCACCAGCUAAAUUUGUGAGGCAAACACCAGUUCAACAGCAAAGGACUAAAAGAAGGACAAUAAAAAAAUCGUUAGUUUCAAAAUGCAACAUUUUCAAAAUUCGUGACUUUGUUUUAUAUCCAAUCAAAGCUGUGGUACCUGUCACAGAUGUAUACAGCAUAAAAAAUCAUAAUAUUAAUUCCACAAGAAACCCCUCAGUGUCUAACCGGAAACAAAGUGUGAAGCGAAUUAAAAAAUCGUCCAGCACUCCAAAACAAGGCAAAUCAACUAGGACUACAAGUUUAAACAAUUCUAAAGGCAAAAGAAAAUCUACAAAAAGAUUAAAAGCGUCUAAAAACCUUUCCUCUAAAACAAAUAGUAAAACCAAAAAUAGGCCAACUAAAAAAAAAUCUGUCCAGAAAACUUCAUCUUUAAAACUUAGAGAAACUAAAACCACUGUAGUUUCUCAAAAACCUUCUCUACCUUCAUCACCAGUUCAUGACAUCAAAAUGGUCCUGUCAGCUGAUCAGUUUAUCUUCAAACCUACGAUACCAAUCACAGAAACCAACUACCCACUGGAAAACACGGAAAAACUUGAUCUCUACGCUCAAGACUCAGCUAUUGAAAAGGUGUUGAGCUACUCAUUUACAGACCCAGUUAUAAAGAACUACAUAAAAUUUCCAUCAGUUAGUAAAAUAAUUGAAGAGACAAUAUCAGACAAAACAAAACAAAUUUUAGGAAACUGGCGGCAGAAAAUGAUUGACGAUUUGGGCGAGGAUGGAUUCUACAAUCACAGUGAAGCCCUGAAGGUGAGAGGGACUGAGUUUCACAUGGCAGUCCGCAACGCAGUUCUAGGAAAGACCACAGAGAACUGCAGUGAAGUCACUCAGAACAGUCUUAAGAGUUUAUCAUGGAUGCUGGAACACAUUUCCAACCCAAUGGCUGUGGAGAGUACAAUCGCUCAUCCCAAAUUGGGUUACAGAGGUGUUGCAGAUUGCAUCGCUAUGUUCAGAAACAUUCCUGUAAUGAUUGACUGGAAGCUAUCUGACAAACCUAAAAGAGAUCUCAAAGAUACAUAUGACGCACCCGUCCAGAUAACAGCUUACAUAGGGGCUCUAAACCACGAUCCCAACUACAAAUGGGGAGUGAACCAUGGUCUAGUAGCAGUAGCGUACGCAAAUGGAGACCCCUGUGAUGUUUUCUUAUUGGCUCCGAAGCACUGUCAGAUCUACUGGCGUCAUUGGCUCAUGCGCUUCGAUAAGUUCAAGGACUCUGACUUUGGGAAGCGAUGUUUCCUCAGAGCAGAAAACUGGAUCAAAAAUAAUUUGAGAUAUGAACGUCUGCGCCAGAACCGUCUGCAAGCUCAGAGUCGACGACGAUACUACCCACAUACAUCCGGACAGACCACAUACGGCCAGCCGCUCCAAAGCCGAACACCAUACAGAACAUCUGUUGGAUACAGAGAGAGCAGAACAGAUAUUGAGAGAUCUAACCAGUACCCAAUGCCCAGCUACUACCGAGGAGUAAACGAGCCAGUAGAACCUAGCCUGUAUCCAAAACCUAAUGACUACCCAAAUCCUAAAGAAUUUACAAAACUUAAUGAACAAGCAAAACCUAACGAAUAUCCAAGGCCUGACUCUGACUAUCCAAGGACUAGCUACAAUCCAGGACCUCAUGUAUACCAAAAACCUAACCGGUAUCCAAGGCCUAGCUACAAUCCAGGACCUAAUGAAUACCCGAACCCUAACCAGUUUCCAAGGCCUAACCAUCCAAGGCCUAGCUACAACCCAGGACCUAAGAAGUACCCAACACUUAAUCAGUACACAAGUCAAAAUAGUUGGAAUAGAGCAAACCCAAAUCAUUUUAGAACUAUUAUUGAGUAAACAAAAUUUUCUUGAUUUAUAUCAUCGACGAUAUUUUGUUACUGUUUCCAAUUAAAUGUAUAUUGA